AUGAAGUUGAUAUUGAGCGGACUGAUGCCUAUGGCUGCCACUACAACGGUAAUCUCCGUGGCUUCCUGGCUUGUGGCUCAAGGGGUCUGGAAUCUCAUGACCCGCUGGCUAUGCUCCCUCGCCAGUCUCGGAGACGCCAAGACGUACGCCAUGCUACCGGGCCCCUCCGAUCUGAGAAGUCUAGUGUCGAAUAGAUCUCGGUUGUGGACCCUUGUGGGCACUGGAAUAACCAUCGGACUCUGGCUGAUCCGGCCGUCAAUCCCAUACAAUCAUAUGACAGGAGCUCUACCCUUCACCGUGCUCGGCGAGCACUCUCGGGCUCGUCGGAUGACUAUCAAAACAUUUCCGCUACCUGAAUUGCUGGCUGCAGAAUAUUGGGAGCCUGCAAAUGGGCACUAUAAGGGGUGGGCACCGACUUUGGAUGACUCGGGUAACACUGCCUAUGGAAAUAAUAAGCCAGCCUGGGCGCGAGGCCCUCUUCCUGCUGCAUUUGAGAGGUGGAUUGUGAAUCCCGAUUCAAACACGACCGAAAUUAGCCUAGAGGCAUCUAAUUCGACCGUUCAAAGCGUUUUCAAGAGAGAUGAGAACGAAUCCGAUUCUGAAAUCCAGAACAAGACAGCUGAACCGCGACACUACUUCUAUAAUCCCGUUCGGGAUCCCAUGAGGAUAAGCAACCUUGACCUGGAACCACUUGGUCCUCUGCGAGAGGCCCUGAAUGACCAUCCCAUCCCGAUGACCCACAUAGUCUUUGUGUUCUUGGAAAGCGGCAGAAAGGAUCUGUUCCCCUUCAAGAAUGAUUCUCACUUGUACGACCAAAUUCGCGAAUCGUAUGAAUUAUACGGAGGAGAGGACGAAGCCGAUCUACACGACAAGCUGUCUCAGAUAACCCCCGUGGCAGAGAUGCUUACAGGGGAGCAAUCCGGCUUUGGCUCCUCGGUUAACUCAAUGAAACCCGGACUAGGCGGUCUCAGCUUCGACGGGAUAUUAUCGGGGAGCACUCUCUCCGCUAAAUCGCGUCUUGUCAACUACUGCGGUCUAGGACCGCUCCCGGUGGACUUUAUGCAUGAAAAUGAUAUCAUGCCAUACCAGCCGUGUUUGAUGCACAUCAUGGAUCUAUUCAACCAGCGCAAGAAUUCUUCUAGCUCUGGAAGUUCCACCAACAGUCACCUGGAACGGGAGUGGGAAACCAUCUAUGCGCAGUCUGUCACUGGGGAGUUCCAGGCACAGACUCGGCUUAUGGAUCUGCUUGGUUUCAAGCAGACAUUGUACUCGGAAGACAUUGAUGUGGAGGAUGCAAAAUAUUUCCAUGAGGACAUGGAAAAGAUCAACUAUUUUGGUUAUGCCGAAACUGAGGCGCGCCCCUACAUCAAAGAUAUGAUUGACGAGACGCUUCGUCAGAACAAGAGACUCCUCCUUUCACAUUUCACCAGCACCACUCACCACCCUUGGGGUACACCUGAAGGCUGGAACCGAGACAAAUAUUUCGGUAAUCUCCACGAAUCACAACACGAACUUAUGGAUGAAUUCCUCAACGCAAACCGCUUCGUCGACGCAUGGCUCGGGGACUUGAUGGGAAUGCUAGACGAGGCAGGUAUUGCCAAUGAGACCUUGACAGUCUUCGUGGGAGACCACGGACAAGCAUUUGGAGAAGAUUGCCCCGUCACAGGAACCUACCACAACCCACACAUCAGCAACUUCCGCGUGCCCCUAGUAUUCCACCACCCCUUAUUACCCCGCAUGCACCUUAAUGUCAACGGCAGCGCCGUAUCCAUCCUGCCCACGAUCCUCGAUCUUCUCGUGAACACCAACUCCCUCAACGCAGACGACACAGAAAUUGCCUUGGAUCUGAUGAAUGAGUACGAGGGCCAGUCCCUCAUCCGGCCGUAUCGCACCACGCACAAUGGCCGCGAAGCCUGGAACAUGGGCGUUAUUAAUGCCGGUGGCUCGAUGCUGAGUGUUGGCUCCGCUGCUGUGCCCUGGCGCCUCAACCUACCAUUGAACAAUGACUUCGAGUACCGGUUCACGGACUUGAAUAAGGACCCGUACGAGCUUGAGCCUGUCACGGGCUGGACUAUGGGGUCCCUUGCUGCGGAGGUUCAUUCCAAGCAUGGGCCUGAGGCUUUUUAUUGGGCUCAGAAGGCUGAGAAGGUUGGCCUUUGGUGGGUUGCGGAGCGGAAGAAGCUUUGGAAUUAUCGUGAUCCUGAUGAGUGA